UUCCCGCCGUGGGGCUCUGAGGCAGCGUGGGGAACCCAACCCCAGCCAUGGCCGAGCGCGGAGCCUGGGUGUGCUGCGGCCGCCCCUUGCUCCUCUUCACCUGCUUCUUCCCACACGUUCUCAGCCAGCCUGCAGCCGGCCCGGCCGCCCGCUCCCCUCAGGCGGGUGUAUCAGAACCUUCUUUUAUUGCUAAAAGUGAAGAUCGUUUGUUUAAACAUCUGUUUGAAGACUACCAAAGAUGGGUUCGUCCAGUGGAACACUUGAAUGACACAAUCAAAAUCAAGUUUGGUCUUGCAAUCUCUCAGCUUGUAGAUGUGGAUGAGAAAAAUCAAUUGAUGACAACAAAUGUCUGGUUGAAACAGGAAUGGGUGGAUGUCAAAUUAAGGUGGAAUCCUGAAGACUAUGCUGGAAUAACAUCUAUUCGUGUCCCAUCAGAUUCCAUUUGGAUUCCAGAUAUUGUGUUGUAUGACAAUGCAGAUGGACGUUUUGAGGGAACAUCCACAAAAACUGUGGUAAAAUACGAUGGCACCAUUGCUUGGACUCCCCCAGCAAACUACAAAAGCUCUUGUACUAUUGAUGUAACCUUCUUCCCCUUUGACCUCCAAAACUGCUCGAUGAAGUUUGGUUCCUGGACCUAUGAUGGCUCCCAAGUUGAUCUCAUUCUUGAAGAUUAUGAUGUAGACAAGAGAGACUUUUUUGAUAACGGAGAAUGGGAAAUAGUGACUGCAACAGGGAGCAAAGGAAAUAGGACUGAUGGCUGCUGCUGGUAUCCUUUUGUCACCUAUUCAUUUAUAAUUAGACGUUUGCCACUUUUUUACACCUUGUUUCUCAUUAUUCCUUGCAUUGGGCUUUCCUUUCUAACUGUCCUUGUCUUCUACCUUCCUUCAAACGAAGGUGAAAAAAUUUCCCUUUGCACUUCAGUGCUGGUUUCUCUGACUGUUUUUCUUCUUGUUAUCGAAGAGAUUAUUCCAUCAUCAUCUAAAGUUAUCCCCCUGAUAGGAGAGUACUUGGUGUUUACUAUGAUAUUUGUGACCUUGUCCAUUGUGAUAACUGUCUUUGCUAUCAACAUCCAUCACCGCUCCUCCUCCACACACAAUGCUAUGGCACCCUGGGUUCGCAAGAUAUUUCUUCACAAACUUCCCAAGCUGCUUUGCAUGAGAAGUCAUGUAGACAGAUACUUUCCACAGAAGGAGGAAACAAGAAAUGCCAGUGGAUCAGAAUCAUCUAGGAACACGCUGGAAGCAGCUCUGGAUUCCAUCCGAUACAUCACCCAGCAUGUUAGGAAGGAGAACGAAGUUCGUGAGGUUGUUGAAGACUGGAAGUUUAUUGCUCAGGUGCUUGAUCGAAUGUUCUUAUGGACCUUUCUUCUGGUUUCAAUCAUUGGAUCCCUUUUGUUAUUUAUUCCUGUUAUUCAUAAAUGGGCAAGUAUAAUAGUUCCCACCCAUAUAGGCAGUACAAAUGGAUAAAAGAUUUUUGGAUCUGUCUCCUGCUAGUAUGGCCUUAAGGAGAUUUGCAGUAGCUCUAUUUCCAUACACAUUUUUAUGGGCAUGUUUCUGAUCCAGCAAAAAAAGCCAAACCCAGAAAAUUGUCUUUAUGUUAAAGCAUGGCAUCCCUAGCACAUGUAGAAGUCAGUUUGCUUCUUAACAGUCAUUAAGUUACUUCUAAACCAGAUCAGAAUUAGAAAGAUCUUCUCCAGCACCUGCAUGUUAGAAAAGCAUACA